AGCCGCUGCAGGAAGGACGGCUGAGCCAAUCAGCGGCGCGCUUGUUGCGAGGCGGGCGGGAGGCGAUGCCCAGUCAGCAAGCAGCCGUUGGCGAGGCGGGAAGGCGCGGCCGUUUGAACGGCAGCGGGUGCGGGCGGUCUGGGCCGCAUUAUGGCCAAUAUAAAGACAGAAGAUGAAAUAAUCGUCUUUGAAAGAGAAAUGAAGGAGUUUUGGACCAAGUUAAAAAGCGUUUAUGGCACUGAACAGAUCAAUAAGACGUUAACACUGAGAGAUUCAUGCAAGGAGUCCAUAAAAGCACUUUCAGAGAAAUGGUCCAAAAGGCUGAAAGAAGGGGAUGUGAUGCUUGAUAAAAUUCGGGACUAUAACAAUGAGAUUCUUCAGCAGAGCCAACGGAUAUCAGAAAAUCAAGAACAUUUUAGAGAAAUAAAAUCUGAAGUAAAUCAAAAAGAAGAGCAAAAGAAGGAUUUGACUGCCAGCAUUCAAGAGGUUAAAGAAGAGUUGAUGAAGAAAAAGGAAAUAAUAUCUUCUAAAAACAAAGCCAAUAAGGAGAGAGUAGAACGACUAUGCAAGUCUAAAGUAUUGUUUGAAGAGCGGCUUGGACUGGAGAUACGCAAAAUUCACAAUGAACAGUUGCAGUUUAUAUUCAGACACAUUGACCACAAAGACCCUGACAAGCCGUUCAUGUUUACACUUUCCAUAAACGAAAAGGGAGAUUAUGAAGUGACUUCCUGUACUCCUCCUCUGGACUGUAUAGAAGAGUUCCAGCUCAAAGUGAGAGAAACGAACAAUUUUUCUGCGUUUGUUGCCAACAUCAGAAAAGCUUUCACUGCUUUACCUUAUAAACAGUCUGCAUAAAGCUGUUUUAUACUUCCCUUUCUAGCUGUAGAGCACUUUUUUCUUUCCUUCCCGUAUUGUGAAAUUAUGUAUUUAUCUGUAUCUCACUCUAAUUUCUAAAUAAAGAAAAAUAAUGACAUAAGUA